CAAAGUGAUUUCACAGCGAUUGUUUUAUAGAGAUAUUCAGCGAUAUUCCAUCUGAUUUUUGGCGUUUGGAGAAAACAUCUUCCUUUGACGUCAGCUGAUCUCUCUUUAUAACCCAACAGCUCUUUUAAGAGCUAAAAACUUGGACGCAAUGCUAUUCUGCGCCCCCUGGAGGAAGGUAAAGCAACUGCUACUAUUUUAUCUGAAUUUAGGGUUUUACUGUAUAGAGAACAGAUACAGAUAAAGUAUAGAAUGUAAUAGACUCUUUCUCUUCUCUUUCAGCCACAGGCGGAACCCAGUACCCUCUCUGAGAUUUAUAAGGUGAGUAGAAAGGAGGGUAAAACACUUGCCGCUACUGCCGGAAGUGAGACAUGUUUUGUAACCUGGGGAAUAUUAUGUUAUCAAUAAAAUCCUUCUUUUUUCUAUUUUAUUUUCCAGCCUCCUAAUGGUCGGCUGACCAAGGAUGUGCUUCUUGGAGGGGGCGGCACCGGAGACGUCUACAAGGGUCGUCACCAUCGUAGAGGAGUGGUAGCGGUGAAGAUCGCCAACAUCAGCCGAGAUGAAGAGUCAGUCUGCAGGGAGCUGAAGUUUCUCCAGCAGUUCGGCGGCCACAAGAACAUCGCCUCUUUCUAUGGAGCCUACUACAGGACUCCACUCACGGAGUGCUCAUCGGAGCUCUUGGAAAUUGUUCUUGAAUACUGUGGUGGCGGUUCUCUCCACAACCUCAUCAGCAAGACCAAUGGCCAAUCCCUGAAGGAGACCUGGAUUGGCUAUGUCUGCAAGGAGGUUUUAAAGGGGCUGCACCACAUUCACAAGAACCGGGCCGUUCAUAGAGACAUCAAGAGCCUGAACAUCAUGCUCACAGAGACGGCCAAAGUCAAGAUCAUCGACUUUGGAAACAGCUGGGACCUGGACCCACAGACUGGAUUGUGCCAUGAAGCAGACGGGACUGCACACUGGAUGGCACCCGAGGCCAUAAGGCAGAAGGGCCAGCGCCUGGCAUACGACACCAAAUGUGACAUCUGGUCGCUCGGGAUAACCGCCAUCGAAAUGGCCGAGGGAAAACCACCUUACGCAGAUCAAUACCCGGUGGAACACCUGAUAAGAGAAGCUCAACCACCGAAGCUUCAAUCAAACAGAUGGUCACAACAUUUUGUGUCCUUCUUGGAGUGGUGUCUGAAGAAGGAUCCUUCAGCGAGAGGGAGUGCUGAAGAACUCCUGCAGCACCCAUUCAUCAGCCAACUGCCACCUAAGAAAAUCGUCAGGGCUGAGUUGGAAGAACAUCUCCUGACCCUGCACAACUGGCCGGCCAAGAAAGGACUGAAGGGAGUAGUUCUCUGGACCCUGAGACAGCUGCGAUGUGCUUGCACACAGACAUCGGCAGAACAAGAAGCAGCUCUGCAAAUGGCCUUGGAGGGCUUCUCCUGUUAUUAAUCUUGUGGCCAAUAACAUCAACAGCCCAGAAUGAGUUUCCUUAAUCACAGCAGAGGAAAAAGAAACAUCCAUAAGAUCAAGUGGCGUCUGCAGCUCCACAAACAUCAUCUCCUUUCAAGCUGAUGCAGCUCAGCAAGUGGUAUCUUCAAGAUUCCUGCAACUACACCAGCAGGAACUUUAUCUCCUUCUUUAGCUCCAUGAACAUAUUCUUUUAAGAGUACCCCAUCUCCACCAGUAGUGUCUUUGCUUCAGUUUAGUUUGCUCCACCCAAUCACAUCUACACCUCACUUUCCAACUGCCAUAGUUCCAUCCAUCUUCCUUUUUUUGCAGACUACCAUAACUCCAACAUCUUGCCUUAAGCAUCUACAUUUCACAGAACCAUAGCUCCGACAUUCACAUCCACCUCUACAGCUCCACUAGCAGCAUUCACAUUUUCAAACACCAUAGCUCCACUAUUAGGACCUUAGUUUUCAUUAGUAUCCAAUUACCACAUCUCUACCCAAGGACUUUUCAUUUAACUUUAGCUCCACCACCAGCCCUUAUCCCAUAUUUUACCUCUACCCGCAAGCUCUGUCCUUGUGCUAACACACCUCCACCAAUAUCUUUUUUUAUUUACAUAUCAUCAAGAGUUUCUCCUCUUUAAAAUAUCUUUUAAUCCUUGCCCUUCUUCCUGCACCUCCAUUGGUUCUUCCAUUCCACCAAUACCAAGAUAUUUAGUCACAACCACACACCACACACUAAAAUGAUGCCCCCUACACAGAGGCUUCUCUUCUCCACCUUUUCUUUUGCCUCCCCCCCUGCAAUCUCCUAACACCAAUUCCUCUAUGGUUUCUCCUGUUCAAAUUCUUUCCUUUAUAAAUUCUAUCCUUUCAAGCCUUCCACUCAACAACCAGUCACAUCUCCUACUCUAAACCCUGACAUAAACUCUUAGUACUGAUACUAAAAUAAACUCAUAGUAAAAGUUGAUCCAGGGACUUGUCCGAUUGCCCUUUGGGAGUCAGGAAGGAAUUUUUCCUCCUCUGAGGCAAAUUGGCUCUGGCUUCAGAUGGGGUUUUUGCCUUCCUCUGGAUCAACUACUAAAUAGGAAGAUCCCAUUUACACUAAAACUUGACCCUAAUGGAUGUGAGUCCUUCCCAACUUAAAUUAGUAUGAAUUAAUCUAAAAUGCAUAAAUAUAACAUACAAUUUAUAAAUAAAUAUGUUAAUACAUA